AUGGCUUCCAGCCCGCUUCCGGGGCCCAACGACAUCUUGCUGGCGUCCCCGUCCAGCGCCUUCCAGCCCGACGCACUGAGCCAGCCGCGGCCAGGCCACGCCAACCUCAAACCCAACCAGGUGGGCCAGGUGAUCCUCUACGGCAUUCCCAUCGUGUCGUUGGUGAUCGAUGGGCAGGAGCGCCUGUGCCUGGCGCAGAUCUCCAACACUCUCCUCAAAAACUUCAGCUACAACGAGAUCCACAACCGCCGCGUGGCGCUGGGCAUCACGUGCGUGCAGUGCACGCCGGUGCAGCUAGAGAUACUGCGGCGCGCAGGGGCCAUGCCCAUCUCAUCGCGUCGCUGCGGCAUGAUCACCAAGCGCGAAGCCGAGCGUCUAUGCAAGUCGUUUCUGGGUGAAAACAGGCCGCCCAAGCUGCCCGACAACUUCGCCUUCGACGUGUCGCACGAGUGCGCUUGGGGUUGCAGAGGCAGCUUCAUCCCCGCGCGCUACAAUAGCUCGCGCGCCAAGUGCAUCAAAUGCAGCUACUGUAACAUGUACUUCUCACCCAACAAGUUUAUUUUCCACUCCCACCGCACACCCGACGCUAAGUACACGCAGCCAGACGCAGCCAACUUCAAUUCGUGGCGCCGUCAUCUCAAGCUCACCGACAAGAGUCCCCAAGACGAGCUAGUCUUUGCCUGGGAGGAUGUGAAGGCCAUGUUCAAUGGCGGUAGCCGCAAGCGCGCGCUGCCUCAGCCCGGCGCUCACCCAGCCUGCCACCCACUCAGCUCCGUCAAGGCAGCCGCUGURGCAGCCGCGGCUGCAGUGGCCGGAGGCGGUGGUCUGCUGGGCCCGCACCUGCUGGGCGCUCCACCCCCACCGCCUCCGCCACCACCCCUGGCUGAACUGGCUGGCGCUCCUCACGCCCAUCACAAGAGGCCUCGCUUCGACGACGACGAAGAUUCCCUGCAAGAGGCAGCCGUCGUGGCCGCAGCCAGCCUUUCGGCCGCGGCCGCCAGUCUCUCGGUGGCCGCGGCCUCUGGCGGCGCCGGGGCGGGCGGGGGUGGCGCCGGGGGUGGCUGUGUGACCGGCGUUGGCGUUGGCGCCGGCGCSGGGACAGGCGGGGCAGCUGGCGCCAAAGGCCCGCGGAGCUACCCGGUCAUCCCGGUGCCUAGCAAGGGCUCAUUUGGGGGCGUGCUUCAGAAGUUCCCGGGAUGCGGGGGGCUUUUUCCUCAUCCUUACACCUUUCCGGCCGCAGCCGCGGCCUUUGGCUUGUGCCACAAGAAGGAGGACUCGGGCGCGGCGGCUGAGGCCUUGGGGGCAGCGGGUGCGGGGAGCGCAGGUGCAGCGCCCAAGGCCGGUUUGUCCGGUCUUUUCUGGCCCGCCGGUCGCAAGGACGCUUUCUACCCGCCCUUUUGCAUGUUCUGGCCACCGCGGACCCCCGGCGGGCUUCCAGUGCCCACCUAUCUACAACCCCCACCGCAACCUCCCUCUGCGCUCGGCUGCGCGCUUGGUGACAGCCCAGCCCUGCUGCGCCAGGCCUUCCUGGAUUUGGCUGAGCCCGGCGGCGCGGGUGCGAGCGCCGAGGCUGCGCCCCCACCGGGUCAGCCUCCUCCGGUGGUAGCCAAUGGCCCGGGCUCCGGUCCACCGCCUCCUGCUGGGGGCGCCAGCACUCGCGACACGCUCUUCGAGUCGCCCCCGGGCGGCAGCGGGGGGGACUGCAGCGCGGGUUCCACGCCGCCGGCAGACCCCAGCGCAACGUCUGYGGCUGGGGCAGUGUCCGCCGGCGCUGGUCCAGCGGGCGCCCGGGUGCCAGCGCCCCACCAUCCACACCUCCUGGAGGGGCGCAAGGCGGGCGGUGGCAGUUACCACCAUUCGAGCGCCUUCCGGCCGGUGGGAGGCAAAGACGACGCAGAGAGUCUGGCCAAGCUGCAUGGGGCGUCGGCGGGCGCGCCACACUCUGCCCAAGCGCACCACCACCAUCACCAUCACCACCCACACCAYCACCACCACCAUCAUCCCGCACAGCCGCCGUCGCCGCUGCUGCUGCUACCCCCGCAGCCCGACGAGCCAGGAUCUGAGCGCCAUCACCCCGCCCCGCCGCCGCCCCCACCCCCUCCACCCCCGAUGGCUCCGCAGUCGCACCACCGAGGCCUUCUGUCCCCCGGGGGAACCAGCUGCAGCUACCCCAGCGAGGACAGCUCCGAGGACGAAGACGACGARGAAGAAGAGCAGGAGGUGGAUGUGGAGGGCCACAAGCCCCUGGAGGGCGAGGAAGAAGAGGAGGAAAGUCGAGACCCCGAGGACGAUGAGGAAGAAGACGAGGAGAAUGGGGUUUCKUUAGGAGACCCCUUAGUCGGCGGUGGUCGGUUCCUCCAGGGCCGGGGGCUGUCCGACAAGGGAAACAGCCGCGACAGAGCAACGGCAGCCGCUGGCGCUUUCCCGCUCACCCUGAAUUCCUCCAGGUUGCUACAGGAAGAUGGCAAACUGGGUGACCCKGGCAGCUCGGACCUGCCCCCGCCCCCUCCUCCGCCUCUGGCCCCCCAGAAGGCGAGCGGUGGUAGCAGCAGCCCAGGCAGCCCGGUCCACCAUCCAUCACUGGAGGAGCAGCCCUCCUACAAAGAUAAUCAGAAAACUAAGGAAAAUAACCAAGCUAUUAUAUCUACAAAGGAUGACAACAACUUUUCAGAUAAGAAUAAGGAGCAUAGCUUUUUCAUCACAGAUUCCGAUGCUUCUGGAGGAGAUUUUUGGAGAGAAAGAUCAGGUGAACAUACACAAGAAACCAGUUCACCUCAUUCACUCAAAAAGGAUGUAGAAAAUAUGGGGAAAGAAGAACUUCAGAAGGUUUUAUUUGAACAAAUAGAUUUACGGAGACGACUGGAACAAGAAUUCCAAGUGUUAAAAGGAAAUACAUCUUUCCCAGUAUUCAAUAAUUUUCAGGAUCAGAUGAAGAGGGAACUAGCUUACCGUGAGGAAAUGGUGCAACAGUUACAAAUUAUCCCCUAUGCAGCAAGCUUGAUCAGGAAAGAAAAGCUUGGUGCCCAUCUCAGCAAAAGCUAA